UUUGUUUACUGUACUCUUCGGUUCCGUUAGACUUCGCUUUCUGCUGAAACGUCGUUUCUAAGCUGGCUCCUCUGUUAUUAGUCUGGGUUGCUACGGCGUCCGGGCGACAUGAACUCCGCCACAACCGUCCACGUUGGACAUUUUAGCGUCUGGAGCGAUUUUGCAGCUCAGGAACAGCAAGCGAGCUAGCUCCGUUUACGCAAGUGGUCUUCUGUCUGCGUUCGGCUCAAUCUCAGCAGACAGGUGAAAAAUAAACCCACAAAGGCUCGGAAACGGGGCGGACAGAGCUAAACAUACGCUAAAGACACCAGUCUCCUGCAUAAGCUAAAACUAGUUUUGUUUACGAAAACAUGGCCAUGGCCUGUAGUUUCCUAAAUACGGAUGAUGCCUCUCCAUCGGCUCUCACAGACCUGUGCCUCACCUUUGUGAGCCAGAACCUGGAGUCUUUCUGCGUGAAGCUGCCUGAUGGGUCCUGGUGCUUCAGGGAGGCUGUGCUCUUCCCACAGGAGCUGGCAGACCAGCUGCUGGCCAAGAUGGCCUGUGAAGGUCUUCUGAAUGACAGCACAGUGGGUGUGUUCAGGAAUUGUGAAUACUUGCGGCUGAGACGAGCCCGCAUCGGUACAGCUCGGAUCUCUGCAGAGGCCUUCCAGAAAGCUCUGUGUCCGCACAGACUGCUAGAGCUAGAUGCUGCCAGAGUCAAUGCAGACCUCACCAUUCCUGAUAUUCUACAGGGACUGGCCACCAAUAAAUAUUGUCAGGAAUCUCUCCAGCGGCUCGUCCUAACCGGUCUCACCAUGUCCUCUCUGGAAGAACCCAUCUGGUAUCAGUUCAACACCCUCCGCGGCCUCCGGUCGCUCUCUCUAGCUAACGUAGACUUUUACGAUUCUGGGCUGGUGGAUGUGUGUUCUCUGCCUCGACUUGAGAGCCUCGAUCUCUCCAACACUUCUGUUACAAACCUGACCCCACUUCUGGGCCUGAAGGAGAGGCUCCGCUCACUAACACUACACCAGCUGAAGAGGCUGGAGAUGAGCACAGCUCAGCUGCUGGGGGUCAUAGGGCAGCUGAAUGUGUUGCAGCACCUGGACAUCAGUGAUGAUAAGCAGUUUACCUCGGACGUGGCCCGUCAGCUGCUCGGGCAGCCGGGGAUCCUGCCCGCUCUUGUUUCCCUGGAUGUGUCUGGGAGGAAGCAGGUAACAGAUGCAGCUGUUAAAACAUUUGUUGAGGAGCGACCAGGGAUGACCUUUAUGGGGCUUUUAGCCACAGAUGCUGGUUUUUCUGACUUCCUGUCAGGAGAGGGAACUCUAAAGGUGACAGGAGAAGCUAACGAGACUCAGAUCUGUGAAGCAUUGCGGCGGUACAGUGAGAGGGAGGGUUUUGUUAGAGAAGCUCUGUUCCAUCUGUUCAGUCUGACACACGUGAUGGAGAAACCCCGACCUGACAUCCUAAAGUUGGUAGUUUUAGGUAUGAAAAACCAUCCAGCCACUCUAAAUGUCCAGCUGGCAGCCAGCGCGUGUGUCUUCAACCUGACAAAGCAGGACCUAGCGGCGGGAAUGCCGGUCCGACUCUUAAGCACCGUCACUCAGCUCCUCUUGGAGGCCAUGAGGACUUUCCCCAACCAUCAACAGCUGCAGAAGAAUUGCUUAUUGUCUCUGUGCAGCGAUCGCAUCCUGCAGGAGGUUCCCUUCAACAGGUUUGAAGCUGCUAAACUCGUCAUGCAGUGGCUCUGCAACCACGAAGACCAAAACAUGCAGAGGAUGGCCGUGGCCAUCAUCUCCAUACUGGCUGCUAAGUUAUCUACAGAACAGACGGCCCAGCUGGGAGCGGAGCUGUUCAUAGUGAAGCAACUGCUCCACAUCGUGCGUCAGAAGGCAAGUCAGAGCGUGGUGGACGCAACCCUCAAAUUUACACUGAGCGCUCUGUGGAACCUUACAGACGAAUCGCCCACAACCUGUCGCCAUUUUAUUGAGAACCAAGGGCUGGAUCUGUUCAUUAAAGUUCUGGAGUCUUUCCCAAAUGAAUCUUCCAUCCAGCAGAAAGUUCUCGGGCUUCUGAACAACAUAGCAGAGGUACGGGAGCUGCACGAGGAGCUGAUGGUGCAGGGCUUUCUGGACCACAUCAAAUCCUUGCUGCACAGCCCCGAGGUGGAGGUCAGCUACUUCGCUGCGGGCAUCCUCGCCCAUCUCACGUCACGAGGAGAGGAGGCCUGGACACUCAGCCCCAGGCUUCGGUCCUCGCUGCUCGACCAGCUGCAUGCGGUCAUAAUGAAGUGGCCCCCUCCAGAGUGUGAAAUGGUGGCCUACAGGUCUUUUAACCCUUUCUUUCCACUCCUGGAGUGUUUUCACACACCGGGUGUCCAAUUAUGGGCAGCCUGGGCCAUGCAACAUGUGUGCAGCAAAAAUGCUUCUCGUUACUGCAGCAUGUUGUUGGAGGAGGGCGGCCUGCAGCAGCUUGAGCACGUUAAUGCACACCCACAGACCCACAGAGACGUCAGGCUUCUGGCUGAAAGCAUUCUGGAGAGCCUGCAGCGCCACAGAGCCCGCACCGGCCAGCCGGCGUGCACAAGCAGACACCCCCCCUCUCAGUAACACGUCCAAGGUGACUAUGCUCCCGACUAAGAAGAAAAGGACUUGAUCCCACAACAGAGUGGAGAGUUGCACGUGCGUGUGCAGCUGUGAUGCACAUCCUGCACACAAGUGUGCAUGAAUUCCUAAAAUCUCAAGAGGGUAAAAGACAGAGACAUUGCAAUACUUUGCACAUGCUGAACCUAUUUAUUUCUUUUUGUCAAAGCAACAAAACAUUUCUGUGUGCAAAUCCUGUGAUGAAACAUUUAUAAGCUGUCGGUCCGUUCCGCUCAGCUUGGAGUUUGUGUUUGUGCUCGCGUUUGUUAGGAUGACUUUAGCAGCAUGAUGGUUUUAUUUUUUUACCAAAAACAUGAAAAUGCUCUGAGAUCUGAGCAGAGGGUCAACUCCCCGCUGCACUAGAGGUACUCCCAAAUGUAUUGUCUGAAUUGUUUGGUUACUUUUCAAAUCUAUGCAUGACUCUGCUGUGAGCUCAAGCAUGCUGGUCUGAAUCUUUGUACUGUUGGUUUAGAAGGUGCCUGCUGGCUUGUUUAUGGGUCAACGGUGCCACUUCUUAAAAUGUUCCUUAAUUAGACAAAAUCUUUAACAUCAUUGAAAAAAAAGGGUCACCAGAGGUGUUAAAUAUUACAAAUAAAAUGAUACAACUACAGUCGAGUUUAACAAACCCCAGAGCACAGUUUAUUUACGUUUAUGUGAAUUUCUCUGAUCAGAUUUAUCUACGGAUAAACCAGCUAAGCAGAGAAUGGGAAAUCUGAAUGUACAUAAUUUAGUUUGGGUUAAAUCUUCUGUAUAAAUGUUUGUUUGCUUUCCAUAUUUUGGUGUGAGCAGCGCGUGUGUGUGUGUGUGUGUGUGCAUGUUCGUCUGCACAAGUAGCUGCAUUUUUAAAGCCUAUGUGCAGUUUGUAAAUAAUGAGGGUAAACAUUACUAUAAUUCAGUUUGGUCCAAUUGGUUGCAUGGAAAAUGAUUCCACCAUUUGCAUUUUUUACUUAAGUACAAGUUCAGACCAACAGACAUAUUGACCAGGUUAUUAUGGCGUUAGGUAUCAUCUGGUAUUCAUCCACUGGCCAGAAAACUCACCAAAGUCCUUGUUCAGCUCCAAAAAUGCCCUUUUGUUCUUUUCUAUGCAAUCAAUUCCAUUUUCUCAUUUCCAAACUGCUGUCAGACCCACUCUGAUAAGACUUCAGCAAAGGAACAGGUACGAGGUGAGAUGGUUAAAUAAAUAUUAGAAUAAAUACGUCAGGCUGCAAAGCCACAUAACGUUCUGAUAUCCAUGUUUAAUUCAGUGGUCUCACAGUGGAUUAUGUUUACUUACAAACAUAACUCUGAAUUAAGUUCAGUUUGAUUUUAUGUUUCCCCCGCAAGAACUUUAUUAAAAUGUGAUUAGAACAAAAGUUUAGAAGCUGUAUGUUUUCUGAGGCUGUGCCACAUUGCUGCUCAGUCACAUGUUUGAAGUUUGGGAAUAAAGAAUAUAUGAUGCCAAAAACUGGA